AAGAAUAUCUUCUCGGAGCCCCACCACCAUACGAAACCUUGGAGGCUUGCAGUCGAUCGGAGGAAUCUUUAAGGAUGGCAUCAGCUUCUGCCGUCUGUGCUUCUUCUCCUCCUUUCCUCUCACCUCGGCCCGAGUCCGUUUGCUCGCUUACACACUCUUCUGAUCUCUCUUCACAAUGGGUUUCUCCCCGAAAUCAAAGGGGACAUCUCUCAUCUUCCUUUUCCUCUCUCUUUUCUCAAAUCCGGCCACUUCUGGAGCUCAAUCUGCUACGGAUGGGUUUAUAUCCGCCGUCAUAUCUGAAAAUGGUCUCGUCUUCGUGAAGGAUUUCCUCGUUGAACAGGUGAUUCAAUCGUUGACUCCCAUUCGCUUACCGGAUAUCGAAAAGUCAGUGAAGAUUCCUAUUUUGGGGGGAGUUCAUGUUUCCGCCUCUGAUAUUACUCUUUACCACAUAAACGUCUCUUCUUCAACCGUUAAUCCCGGGGAUACUGGUAUUGUGAUCGUUGCUUCCGGUGCUAGUGCUAGUUUGAGCCUGAAGUGGAGCUACAUAUACAGCUCUUGGAUUUUUGUCCCUAUUGAGGUCUCUGAUGAAGGGAACGCAUCUGUUCAGGUUGAAGGUUUGGAAGUUAAUCUUACUAUAAGAUUGGAAAACAAAAAAGGGACUCUGGCAUUGAAUGUUACACAAUGCGGUUGCUACAUGGAAGAUAUAAACAUUACAUUGGAUGGAGGAGUUUCUUGGUUGUACCAAGGGUUUGCAGAUGCUUUUGAGGAUCAAAUUAGGUCAGCUGUGGAAAAUGCUAUUACAAAAAAAAUUACUGCGGGGACAGGAAAGCUUGACUCAUUGUUGCAGUCUCUACCAAAGCAAAUUAAUAUGGCUAAUAUUGCACCAUUAAAUGUAACGUUUGUUGAAGACCCUGUGGUUCGAAAUUCUUCUAUUGAGUUCUAUAUUAAUGGCUUGUUUGUUCAAUCAAGUAGAGAGUUGGUAGCGAGCUAUCUGCAUAAGCAAUCUCCAGUUUAUUCUGUUUACUGUGGCAGUACAUUAAAGAUGGUAGGGAUCUCAAUCAAUGAAGCAGUCUUUGAUUCUGCGUCCAUGGUGUUAUUUGAGGAAGGAUUGUUUCAUUGGAUUGUUGACAAAGUUCCUGAUCAAUCUCUUCUAAAUACUGCCAGCUGGAAAUUUAUUAUUCCUCAAUUGUACAGAAAGUACCCAAAUGAUGAAAUGCAGCUGAAUAUUUCAUUAUCGUCCGCUCCAGUGGUGGAUAUUACACAAAAAGGUUUCGUUGCGACCAUUUUCUUAGACAUGAUAGUUGAAGUCUUCGAGGGUAACACAACAAUUCCAGUGGCUUGCAUAUCUGUGGAUUUAACCAUAUCAGGUGAUGCUGACAUAUCGGGGAAUAAACUAGUUAGUAGAGCUCAUCUAAAUGACUUCUCUCUAUCAUUGAAAUGGAGUGAAAUUGGUAAUUUUCGAAUGUUUCUGGUUCAGGGUGUGAUGAGGGUUUUUCUGAACACUGUUGUUAUGCCCUACAUUAAUAUUCACCUCCGUAAAGGAUUUUCUAUACCUUCUUUCCAUGGAUUGGCUCUUCAAAAUGCUCAAUUAGUGACCACAAACUCAAACAUUAUCCUGUGCUCAGACUUAACUUUUUUCAACUCCAGUUUCAUCACAGAUAUGUACAAAGCAUAAAAAGUUGAAGUAGCAAAAUCCGGUAAAGUUUGUAAAUUUGAAGAAUGUCUAUUCUCAUUCUGCAAUUAUUUAGAAGCCAAGCCUGUACAGUUAGCACAGGAGUUAUCUUGCUUUGUUUAGUUAGAACGAAGCUCCACUCCUUGAAUGAAUUAUAAAUAUUUGUUUCACUUAAUUAGUGUUGUGUAUGAAAAUGAGCUGGCAAGCACAUGUGCAUGAA